CUGGAUGCUAUUCUGGCCGAAUUAGGAAUAGAAGAAAAAAGAGAAGAUGACGUAAAAGCAAAUGAAAACGAGGAAAAUGAACCUACAAAAAUGUCCAAGUCCAAAAAGAAAAAAGAAAAACUCAAACAAAAAAAAGAACAAAUGAAAAAUAAAGAAGAUGAUGAGAAGGAUGAUGAAAAAGGUAUAGACGAUGAAAAAGAUACAGACCAAAAAAAAGACCAGGAUGACCAAAAAGAUGAUGAUAACCAAAAUGAAGCGGAUAAUCAAAAUGAAGGUGAUAACCAAAAGAAGAAAAAAAACAAAAAGAAAAAAGAUAAAGAAAAAAAAGCAGGAGGAGCAGCAGGAGCAGCUACAGGGGGUAUGUCUGAAAUUGCUAAAGCAGCUGCUGAAAGAUUAAGGUUAUUAAAAGAAUAUGAAGAAAAAAAGAAAGAAGAAGAAAGAUUAAAAAAAGAAGAAGAAGAAGAAAGAAUUAGAAAAGAAGAAGAAGAAAAGGAAAAAAAAAGAAUUGCUAAAUUAGAAAAAAAAAUGCAAUUAAAAAAAGAAGGUAAAUUAUUAAGUGCUAAAGCGAAAGAAGAAAAAAAAAAAAAUGAAAUAUAUUUAAAACAAUUAAAAGAAUCAGGUAUGCUAAUAGAACCAAGAGAAAAAAGCAAAUCUGAAUAUAUAAAUCUAGAUAUAAAUAAAACGAAAUUGUUAUUAAAAAAGAAAAAAAACAAAUCAAUAAUGGUACCAACAUCAUCAAAUAAUAAUAAUCUAAAUGAUGAUGAUAAAAAUAAUAAACAAAUGUUGUCAAAUAGUAGCCUUAAAUUAAACGAAGAAGAUGAAUUACAAGGUUCUCAAAAAGUAGAUGAAAAAGAUAUUGUACUAGAUAAUUGGGAAGAUUUUUUACAUAUUGAUGAAGCAAAAAAAAAGGAACAAGAAGAAAAUGAAAGAAAAGAAAAAGAAAGAAAAGAAAAAGAAAAAGAAGAAAGAGAAAAGGAAAGGAAGUCUGUUAUGAAUAAUAAUAGUAGUAGUACAAAUUAUGGUAGGAAAAGUAUUAAUAUUAAAAAUGAUAUAUUAAUGAGAAAAGGAAAUAAGAAAAAAAUCGAUAAUGAAUUAGAUGAUGAUGAUAAUAAUGAAUAUAGAUCUGCUAUUGUUUGUAUAUUAGGUCAUGUAGAUACAGGGAAAACAAAAUUAUUAGAUAAGUUAAGACAUACAAAUGUUCAAGAUAAUGAAGCUGGUGGUAUAACACAACAAAUUGGAGCAACAUUUUUUCCAAAAGAUGUAUUAGAUAAAGAAAUAAAAAAAAUUGAUGAUACAAUUAAAUGUUUAUCAAAAGGUAUUAUGAUAAUAGAUACACCUGGACAUGAGUCUUUUUAUAAUUUAAGAAAACGAGGUUCAUCUUUAUGUGAUAUAGCUAUCUUAGUUAUAGAUUUAAUGCAUGGUCUAGAACAACAAACAAAAGAAUCUAUUCAAAUAUUAAAACAAAGAAAUUGUCCAUUUGUUAUAGCAUUAAAUAAAAUAGACAGAUUAUAUAUGUGGAAUAAAAAUGAUUGGUCACCAUUUAAUAAUACUUUUAAAAAACAAAAACCAGAUACACAAGAAGAAUUUCAUGAUAGAUUGAAAAAUAUAAUUAAUGAAUUAUCAGAACAAGGUUUAAAUUGUCAAUUAUAUUGGGAAAAUAUGAACCCAAGAAAAUAUGUAUCCAUAGUACCAACUAGUGCCAUAACAGGUGAAGGUAUAGCAGAUCUAAUUAUGGUGUUAGUAAAGUUAACACAAACAUUUAUGUUAAAAAAUAUACAAUAUCAUGAUAAAUUAGAAUGUACUGUAUUAGAAGUAAAAAAUAUUGAAGGUUUAGGAACAACAAUAGAUGUUAUCUUGACAAACGGUAUAUUAAGAGAAUCUGAUACCAUUGUGUUAUGUGGAAUCAAUGGACCUAUAGUAACCGUGAUUAGAGCAUUAUUAACACCACAACCUUUAAAAGAAUUAAGAAUUAAAAAUGAAUAUAUACAUCAUAAAUAUAUUAAGGCAUGUAUAGGAGUAAAAAUAUCGGCGAAUAAUUUAGAAGAAGUCUUAUGUGGUACAUCAUUAUUUGUUGUAAAUAAUUUAGAAGAAGAAGAAGAAUAUAAAAAGAAAGUAAUGACAGAUGUAUCUGAUGUAUUUAAUCAUGUAGAUAAAACAGGUGUGGGUUUAUAUGUUAUGGCUAGUACUUUAGGUUCAUUAGAAGCAUUAUUAAUUUUUCUGAAUGAUUCCAAAAUUCCAGUAUUUGGAGUAAAUAUAGGAACUAUUCAAAAAAAAGAUGUAAAAAAAGCUAGUAUCAUGAGAGAAAAAGGAAGACCUGAAUAUGCUGUAAUAUUAGCCUUUGAUGUAAAAAUAGAUCCAGAGGCCGAAAAAGAAGCAGCUCUUCUAGGUGUAGAAAUUAUGCAAAGAGAUAUCAUUUAUCAUCUCUUCGAUUCAUUUACUGCAUAUCUAAAAAAAAUAGAAGAAGAGAAAAAACAAAGCAAAAUUACAGAUGCUAUAUUCCCUUGUGAACUUUCAGUUAUAAAUGAUUGUGUAUUUAACAAAAAAGAUCCAAUCGUUAUAGGAGUAAGAGUAGAAUGUGGUCAACUCAAAAUAGGAACACCCCUUUUUGUACCAGAAAAAAAUAUUAAAAUAGGUAAUGUAGUAAGUGUUCAAAGUAAUAAAAAAAAUUUCGAUAAAGCCAGAAAAGGAGAUGAAGUAUGUAUUAAAAUUUGUGGGGAACCACAUGUAACAUAUGGGAAACAUUUUGAUUCAACACAAAAAAUUUAUAGUAAAAUUACAAGAGAAAGUAUAGAUGUUCUCAAAGAAUAUUUUAGAAGCGAGUUAACAAUGGAAGAUUGGAAGCUCGUAGUACAGCUCAAAAAAAUAUUUAACAUUGUAUAA